AAGGUAUCGAUUUAGAUCAACUGAGCUUAAUGUGGGAGACUCUCUUGACGGUGAUCCCGUCGGUCAUAUGGAUCUUGUAUCGAUGCUAUCGACUUUUCCAAACGCCGAUGGAUAAACUUGUAGAGAAUUUAGAUAUUGAGAUUCCUCAUUCACCUUCGAUUUGCAUUGAUGCUGUCACUCAUCAAUCGGUGAUUAUUCAUUGGGAUAUCGAAGUAUCUGAUGAUGAGGAAUUGGUUUAUAUCGUAUUUGUGAAUAAUCGUGAAGCUGCUACAGUCAACUCAACAACUUGUAAAUUGAAUAAUUUACAAAUUAAUAAAUUAUAUCAGAUCCAAGUGAUGGCUGUCAAUGUUACCAACAAUUUUAGAUCGAAAUCUGCACCAGUUUUUAUUGAAACUUUACUUACUGCCUCUGAUAUUGAAAAGGAAAAAAUUGGAUUUAAUGAUCUUCCAUUUCUUAAACAUAAUGAAGGGAAAAAGGACUCAGACGUUGAUAUCUUCAUUAAAAAACCCAAAAUGGAUACUACUUUAAAAAUUACCUCUGCUGAACUUACACCACAACAAGUCAAGGCUAUAGAAUCACCAAAUGAAUUGAAUAGUUAUCUUAUAACUUUCCAAGAAGAACUUUCCAAAUCUUUACAAGAAUAUGAAACAUUCCAACAAUCAAUUGGACAAGAAGUUGAGGAGUUGAGUGAAACUCUUAAAAUAUAUCGUAAAGAAUAUGAUGAAGAAUCAGAUAUGAAAAUUAGAUUGGAAAAUAGUAUUAAAGAUAUUGAAAAGAAAAAGGAUAAUUUGACAUUUACCAAAAGUAAACUUUCAAAUCAAUUGAAACAACUUCAAAACUCUUCAGAUUUACAUGAAAGUAAAUUAGAAACAUUAACGUCUAAAGUCAACAAAUUACAAGAAAAAAGGAAAACUUUGGAGUUAAAGGAAUAUGAAGAUAAGAAAGGAGUUGAUGACCGCAUUGAACAAAUUAAAUUAGAUAUUGAAAAAUAUAAGAAAUUGAAUGACUUAUUGGAACACGAGAUCAAGGUCUUGGCAACCAACAAGAAAAGGAAUGAUAAGUUGUUAUCUACGGUGAAGCCAAUGAUAGAAAUGAUUGGGAGUGAAUCCAACUUCAACAGAGAUGGAGUAUUGAAACCAAACUCCCAAGCUGCAUUAGCAGAGUUAUUCGAAUAUAUGCCUGAUUGGAAACAAGAAAUUCUUGAAGAACUUGAUAAAACAAGAACUAAUGAGGUUGAAUGGAAACUUGUAUUUAAAACAGAAUUAAGAAAGUAUCUUUCAAUUAAAUACAAUCUUGAUUUGAUACGGAGUGAGAGAGAUAGUUCUUAUCAAAUUCAAAAAAUGAGUGAAUACCAAGCUAGUUUAGAAUUUGGCGGUUAUGCCAAUGCGUUGCCCAAGCCAGGACAUAAGAGUAAACAAGGAAACAAAAGCACUUAUAUUAGGGGAGGUCCAAAUGUUAAUCCAGGUACCCCCACUAAUGGUGGUAACGGGAAUGGUAGUAUUGGACAGGAGUCUACCACACCAAAUGGUGGUUGGCACAAUUUUUAUGGACAAGUUUACUCAAAUGAACCUGAAUUAGAUGGAGGUUUAGAACCACUUAGAUCUAAAUCUCCAUUGGGAUUCUAUGAAAAUGAAUUUACCGCUUCGAAUAUGGCUACUACUGCUUCUACUAUCAAUAGACUUGGAUCUCCAUCACCACCACCGCCUCAAUUACAACCAGAUAUAGACUCUGUUACUUUACAAGAGUCCAAUAGUCUUCAACCACUGUUAUUAGGUGAUCCGUAUGGCUACAACUAUCAACCGCUCCAACCAACUUCUUCGAACAAUCUUUGGAGUACUGCGUCACCACCACCUACUAAUCCAAAUUACGUCGGAUUGAAUAGUCUUGGAUUUGGUAAUAAUGAACAAUUUUUGAACAAUUCUACAAAUGGAAGCAAUGGGUCUACUACAAAUGCUCAAUCCAACGUUUCAGGAUUCGGAGAUCUUUUUCAAGGAAGUUUAAAUCAAAGUGGAUCAAGUUUACAUGUCGAACAUCUGCUUGGAUCUGCUAAUCCAAUCAGAGGGAAUAUUUUCCUGCAAUUUAAAAGUCUUGAUCUUCCACAAAAUUCUCCUCCAUAUAUCAGUUAUACAUCUCCCUCUCCAGUUCCUUCCGGAUUGGAUGGAUUUCUCAUGUCCCCUAGUCCAAGCACAUCGGGAUUAGUUCCAAAUGAACUUGUCAAUGGGGUCAACCAAGGAGGCAUUGUUGGCGCUCAACUGCCAAAUAUUUCUCAACAUGAAUUAAUCCCUGCUGCUGAUUCGCUUUCAAUGUCGCUGUCUACAGAACAAUACCCUCAAUCUAUUUCUCCUCAGGUAAGCCAUCUUCCCCUCAAUCACCACAACUUGUGGAAUGCGCCUUACGGUCAUAGUAGGAAUAUUCUGAAUCAUAGUCAGAGUCAAAUUUGGCGGAAUGACGCCUCCGCAGAUGCGUCAUUCGGCACGACUCUUUCAGAUUAUAAUUCCCUUGUUCGGAGAACUGAAAGACUGCAAACUCAAGAAAGAGAAAAGAAUGUUUCUCCAUAUUUCGAAGAAACAUAUAGCUAG